AGACAGGCGCUUCGGUUUAGUCGACCUCCUCAUCCCCUCGCCUUAGCCUUCAAGUCUUGCAUCAGUUUAUAUUUGGUAACACUGUACGACCACGACUUUUGGAUUGAAAAAAGGUUGAACACAUGCGUCCUCUUUCGGAAGAUGAGACCCGGAAGGUUUUUGAACGCCUCGCAAAGUACGUCGGUGGCAAUUUAGAGCAGCUUGUCAAUCGCCCGGAUGAACGGUAUUGCUUCCGGUACAUGGACCAGCGGGUCUACUACGUGAGCGAACGCAUGAUGAAAAUCGCCACAAACUUUGGCCGGGAGCACUUGCUAUCAAUCGGGACGUGCGUGGGACGCUUUACGAAGUCGGAAAAAUUCCAUAUCUACAUCACUUUCUUGGACUACCUGGCUCAGUACGCAUCCUACAAGGUAUGGGUGAAGCCGCAAAGUGAGAUGGGGUUCCUAUACGGCAACAACAUCAUCAAGUCCGGCCUGGGGAGGAUGACGGAAGGGAUCCCCCAGUACGCGGGUGUGGUGGUGUACUCCAUGACGGACAUCCCCCUGGGGUUCGGGGUUGCGGCACAGCCCACGGACGUGUGCAAAGACCUGGAUCCUGGGGCCAACGUGGUGCUGCACCAAGGGGACGUUGGCGAGUACCUGCGCGUGGAAGACGAGCUCUCGUGAUCGCGAUGAGGAUGGAAGGGGAGUGAUGAGCGUGGAAGGGAAAUAUUUCUGAGGGUGGCUAACAAGAGCCGAUGGGAGGUGUAUUCGGGUGACGGAGGGGAAGAGGGAGGCCAGAUCGGGGAGGGAAAAUGUACAUAUGUGCGAAGCUGUGCUCGGCACUGUCCGAAAGGUGCCGCCUGGGGGAUGGCGUCAGCGGCCUACGAAGGGAGGAUAAAGGGAGACAGCGCGGAGAAAAGUAAAGAGCCUGUGGAUA